AUGAACGACACUCUGGCACAGGCAGUGAUCGAAGACGGAGAUGUGAUGCUCAAGAGUAUCGCCGUGUGGAAGGGCUGCCUCAUCGGCGCCCUCGCCCUUUCCGUUCCGUUCUUUCGCGGCCUUUCCUUUGCCGACAACCUCGCCCUCCUCUGGUAUGUGUACGACAUGUUGGUGCACGUCAUCAUGGAGGGCUCGUUCCUCUACGUCUCGCUGACUGGCACCGCCGAGACCUCGGACUUCCCGCUCGCCUUCCUCUGGAGGGAGUACGGCAAGGCCGACAGGCGCUGGGCCAUCUCAGACCCGACCAUCGUUUCGCUGGAGCUCCUCACGGUGGUCCUGUGCAGCAUUCUCUGCAUCCUCUUGGCCAUCGCCAUCGUCAACAGGAAGCCCUGGCGCCACUUCGUUCAGGUGUUCCUCUGCGUCAUGGAGCUCUACGGCGGCUGGAUGACGUUCUGCCCCGAGUGGCUGACUGGCAACCCCAACCUGGACGGCAGCAACCCGGUGUACCUGUGGGUGUACCUGUGGUUCGCCAACGGCAUCUGGGUGGUCAUCCCCGCCAUCCUCCUGUGGCAGUCCUUCGUCGCCAUGAACCAGGCCUUCUCGACCACCGGUGGCGCCGCCCACGUCAAGACCAGCGGCAAGAAGAAGACCGUCAGCGGCGCCAAGGACGUGGGCACCCCCGGUAAGACCACGCCCAAGGCUAAGGCCAAGGCCCACUAG